CACCCCACCCACACGGAUGAGCUGGAUCCCUCCUGAUCUCUCGGAGCCUUUAUAUCCUUAUCUGUGAAGAGGGAGAUUCCGCCAGAAGGUGCCCCGGGACUGACAUUCCAGGAGUCGAUGACCUUUUCCUUGCCCUGUUGACAGCACCAGGGAGCCCCUUAGCGAGGCUGAAAAGGGGACCUCAGGCAGUCUAAAGCGCUGCCUUUGAGAGAGGUCCCGGAGCUGUGUAACUCCGAGUUCUUCCCAGCUACGCACCACUGGGGUUUUCGGGAGACACCCUCCAGCUUUGUAAAUAUGCAUUAAAAAAAUAAAAAUAAAUCCAUUAUUUUGUCAACCUUCACAACAACCGAGCUUCCACAACGCCUCUCACACGGAGGUUCCAGAGCAUAGCACGGUAAACAGUGCACCGGAAAGAAAAAAACAAAACUGCACGCUUGGAGAGUUCGAAGGCAGCAGAGAACUUGUUUUCGCUCCUGGCAAAAGAAAUGCUAAGGUGAAGGCUGGGCAACCGGUGUGUGGGGACCCUGGAGGAGACCCCGCGGGCACGGAGGUGCCACAUCUGCCCCCCAAGCUGGGGCCACGCUAACAUCAGGUAACUGAUAUGGAAGCAAAAGAACUGAGAGGAACUUCUGGAAAGGAGGGAAGAAAGGUUAGUGAUGAGCACCAGCAGGGCUAAGAUAACCCGGAGUCUUACUGCAGAAGCUCCUGCAGCGAGGUCGUCUCUGGAAGCUGGGACAGACUCGGAAGAACUGACCUCUGGGCCUGGGGCUCUGGGGGCAGAUGUUCUGCACCAGUGUGCAGAGCUGCAGCGCUCCUUGUCUUGGGGAAAACCCAUGUUCCCUCUGCCUAUCCUGGCCUUGGUCACCCAGGGCACCAAGAAGAGAGAUGCUGCCCAGAGGGCUACACAGACCCGGCACCUCUGGCGUUGUGCACGCAGCGCGGGAGGCAUGUCAGACGUCCCUCUUAUUUUUAUUUUCCAUUUUUGACAUUGUCCUUCAGUUCCUCCUCCACGCUCCCCAUUAAGCUGUUAAAUCACUCCAUUUAUUUAGUGCGAGUGUUUCUGAGAGCUCAUUUUUAUCUUGGUGAAAACCAGGCUUGCUCAUGGGCAUAUAAUGAAAUUGCAUAAAUAUACCCUUAGCUUGGAAUCUAAUUUAUUUUUCCUGUUCAUUAUGGGGUAGAAGGCCAUUAUGAAAUGUAUAACUUUUUUUUUCCAGUGCUGGAAUUGAAAGGCUGGGGCUCGGGCUCUUUUUAUUCUGAUGAUUUCGUCCUGAUUCAAUUUAAAGCUGGUUAGAGCUCAAAUACUGGAGCGUAAUUGACAAAGAUCAGUGUGGGCUGUAAUGCUAAUGUCGCGUCUGCGGCUUCCUCAGCUCGACACGAUGGACAGCGGGUUACGCAGCGAUUCCAUCAGGAUACCUGGGCCUGCAGAGCCUCCUGGGGCUCAAGGAGAGGGCCGAGGACUUUCCUGUGGCUAGCGGUUACAUUCUCUGCUUUGGGCAAGGGUGGGCUAGUGGCAUACUCUGGAAUAGGAGGGCUGGGGACACGCCUGACCUUAAACCCAGAAGGCUUAGAAAUCCCUUUAAGAACGCCUGCCCAGCCUCCGCUUGUACACGUGAGGAGUUUGAGCAGCCUGCAAGCUGGCCAAGGUUGCCCCGGCUCCAGACUCCCCGUCCUCAGCCCUGGGCCUCCUCGCCCUGACAGCAAGUGAAUAAUGUGGGACGAGAUGCAAAUAUAGCCUUUGGAAGCAUCGGCUUAGUCCGCUGUGUAUGAGGUUCAUGCGUUGUGUGUUCAGUGCUGGGAGAGGGGGGACAGAAGGCGGACCUGGCAGAUAGAGCAGGUUCCAAGAUGCCCACCAUGGCUAAGAAGUUGGGGGGCAUGACCCAGCAAAGCAGCUGGCCGGAAGCUGAAUGCCACACACCUUGAAGAGGGGCACCAUCCUCCCUCCAGGGCAUGCCUGGUCCUCUGUUAAUUGGCUUCCCCCAGUUUGCUGACUGUUUUCUGUGUGCCCAGCACUGCUGGGCUUGGACACAGAAUGGGAAAGGCACAGAUGCUGCUCUAGGAGACUUGACGUGACAUCCUGACUCUCAAGUAAGAGCCGUGACGAACGUCAGUGCGUGCAAGUCAGAGGAUGCUCUUUUGGAGGGUGACGAGUGAUGAUCAAAACAUGUUGGAAGCCUGUCUCUGAGAUCCUGAAGCUUUUCCUGCUGGUACUCGCCUUCCCUAGUAACCCUCCACCCCAAGAGAGUUCCAGAAAGAACCCCAGGGGGCCUCCUUGCUACCGCACAACAGACCUCACCUUCCACUACCAGGGUUAAGUCAGAUCCGCCCGAGGAAGAUUCUGCCCACGUUUCCCUCGAGCUAGUCUGCAGGCCCCUUCGGCUGGGACCCUCUCCCAGGAGCUGCCCAUCUGCAAACAGACAGCCCACAGUGCCUCGGGAAAAAUUGGCUGAAUAAAAGACUGAGAAGAAGCAGAAGGAAAAGAGCGCUGGAAGGGAAAUCUGGGCACCUGACAUUCUUGCUGAUAACUGCUGUGUGUCCUCGGGCAAGCCCCUCUGCCUCUCUGGGCUCUUAGAAGCGCUGGUCCACAGUGAUUCCCAAGAGCCUGUCAGCUUGAGCCACCUCUGUCAUUCUGGAGCCCCCAACCCCUUUCAGGGAACUUAGCUGGGCUCACACCCACCGUCACCCCUAGCAGCUCUGAAAAUGGGCUGCUCGAGGAGAAAGACGAUUUCCCAGAUGAGGGGAUUUGGAAUUCUUUCAGUUAGGCAUGAAGUCCCUUCAACACAUUCUAGAAGGCCCAUCCCCUUCUCCUCCCUGACCACAGGGAAAGGGGGUGACAGUGGGUGGCUGCUGCUUCUGUCCCUUCUCUCACCCACGGUACCCAACACCCCAUCAAGCCUGCUCCAGGAUCCGGUGGAUUCAUGGCUUUGCGCAUGGAAAGGACUCCAGAGCAGGGCGGGGCACAGCCGGGACCAGGGCAAGGCAGGAAGGGUGAGCUGCUUACAGUCUUGGGACAGGGACAGAGAGGAGAGAGGCUCUGGGGCAGAUGCCCUGCCCUGCACUUCUGGGGGUGAGCAGGGCCGUGCUGUGUGUUGGAUGGCAGGCGCACCCAACCCCAGGCACCCUCACUGGAGAAGGGUCAGGAACAUCCCUGAGCACGCCCGGGGCUGCAGACAUGGGGCAGUAAACACACCAAAUAAACAACGGGAGAACGAGGCAAAGUCCAGAAAUGGGACGUGUUCUGUUGGUCAGAAGCGGUUGGAGCGCACCUGCAGCGCCUCCGCUCUGUCUGCUCCUCUCAUUACUGGAUACUGUUUCCACUGCUCCCUCUGCAGCCCUCCCUGCCUCACCUCUGCUCUGGCGCACUCUCGAUCCCUCUCUCUCUCUGGCUCGGAUAUCACACUUUUCCUUCCCCUUCCUCCCCCUCCAUCUCUUUCCGGGGUCCCUCGGCCUCUCUGUCUUGCGGUAGCUCCUCCUCAUGACAGGCCUCACCCUGUCCCUUGUGUGCAGCCUGCCGCCCUGUGCAGGGGUGCAGGCCCUGCCUCCCAAGUUGGCGGUGGUCCCCUGCCCAGCUGGAAAGUGCCCUCUCUGCCUUGGCCACCCCUAAGAAAGUCACUUCCCUGCCAUCGUGGGCUGCCAUCCCUGGCCAGUGCCCCACUCCUGCAGCUUCCUGGGCCAUCUCCUCCUCACUGGCCAGCGGCUGGUGCAGCGCCUCGAUUUAUCUGGAGGCAGUGUCCGUAUUUGCUGGACAGAAUCAGCGGCGGCUCAGCUUCAGUGUGGCUGAAAUGGGGGUGCCUGGGAGGUGUCCGGGCCCAGUGGGACCCUGCAGGGACAGAGCCCUCUGGGUCUGGGGUGCCCACAGUCCCAUGACCCGCCACCCCGAGCCCUGUGGGCACCCCCACACUUCCAGCUGAGACCAGCUGUAGCCCACCAGAUGUUUGGGGGAAGCUGCCCCAGAUUCAGGGGCUGGCGGGUGCGAACUCCCAGCUUUCCCACCCCUCUGAAUCCUCAUUUCUGCGUCAGCUCCGCUUCUUCUCCCCUCCCGGUGCCUGUGCUCUCUGCCAGGAAGACCCUUCCCCAACUUUCCGUGACUCCGAGUCCCACCUCUGCCCACCAGCCUUUUCUGAGUGCCCGUCCCUCUAGGGUGGUGCCCCUGGUGGGCUUCCAGUGCCCCAGUCUUGUUACUCUCCCUGGGGUGCAUGUCUUGUCUAUCUGCAUGUCCCCCUGAGCCCUCCCCGGGAAGGAGGUGAGUGAGCAGCCCAGGGCUCUGCUGCUGCCAGUCUGCUCACGCCAGUUUCCUUGUCUGUGUUACUGGGAGAGCAAGGCCUGCCUAUGUGGGGGCGGUGUGAGAAACAGAUCCAGACCUGUGCGGGGUGACCUCGUGGCUGCCGCCCCCCACUCCCCGUCAAGGCUGUGUUUUUGUCCUGAGUAUCCAGGUGCCCAGCUGAGCAGAGGGACGAGCGGGGCCACAAGGGGGUGGCAGUGAGUCCUGGAAGUGGCCAGGCACUUU